AUUUAUAUUUGAUUUUAAUUAGUUUAAAAAAAAAAAAGUUGACAAAUCAAAAUAAACAUGAAUAGAAAGUGGAGUGCGAUUGUGAUUACUUGCUCAGAUCCAGAUUCUGCACAAUCUUUUCAAAAAGAAGUAGAGAUACGCCAACAGAAAAUGCUGAUUGAUCCAGAGACAAUCAUCUUAUGUGUUGUAGAUCCAAGACCAAAUAUUGGUAGCGGUGGAGCAACACUCAAUGCAAUUUUACAUAUAACAGAACAUAUAAGUGCUUUGCAGGGAUACACAGUUAUAUCGUCAGAUGUUUUGCAAAAUAAACACAUUUUGAUUGUGCAUAUGGGGUUGAGUACACCAUAUACUGCCUGUUCUCCAGCAUUUAUUUCUUUGCCAGCCUUUAUUGAAAAUGUAGAUAAUACUGGUGCUAAGUUUUCAAGCUUGGCUACACUAUUUGAUAUUUUUCUACUUAUGGCUGUCAAUAUUAUUUCGAAAGAUUCUCCUGCUGGAUUUUGGGUAUGUAACUGUGAUCGUAUGCUUAUACUGUCACCUAGCUUAAAGGUAGAUUGGUCAUGUGGCAAUUCAGUUUAUAUGUUCAGUGUUCCAGUAGAUAUUGAUAUCGUGGCUAAAAAACAUGGUGUAAUAAAAAUUAGCGAUAAGAAUGAAGUUGAAGACAUUAUUUAUAAAGGGACUGAGGAGGAUCUUCAAAGUUGUAAAUUAAAAGAUGGAAAAGUUCCUGCUGUGUGUGGAUUAGUCUUCUUAAAUACAGAAAUUGCAAACAUACUUUUAAACUUAUGUGUAGUUCCUCCCCUUGAAAAUUGUACAUACCUUGGACUUGAUGCUGGAUAUGCUGAAACCAAAAAUAGAACUUUCAUAUCUGAUGCUGAAGAUUUUUAUAGGGCAGACUCGUAUAUAGUUCUAUCACUAUUCUUUGAUUUGCUUCUAUGCAUGUGCUUAAACAUUAAAGAAGAAGAUUAUAUCAAAGGGAAACGAAGUGGAGUUUAUGGCACUGUGCAUUUCCCUGAUCUUGAAAAAGUUGAUAAUGAUUUGCGACAACAAGCAAGACAAAUUUUAUACAAAUCAUUAAAUGGAAUGACCAUGAAAGCAGUGGUUUUAAGGGAGGUAUUCUUUUACUACAUUUCCAACAAUCCUGCUGCAAUGCAUUCCCUACUGUUAAACUGUCCUUAUCAAGCAGCUGUUGAACAUUCUCAAGCAUCAUCAGAAUGGCAAAAUACUUCUGUUAAAAUAAUUAAAAAUAGAUUUGCAGAAAGAUUACUUGCUAAAGUUCCAGAAAAUAUCCAAGAUGAUAAAGUAGAAAGGAUUGUUAUUAUCAAUUCAAUUGUGAAUGUUGUUGCAGUCGGAGAAAAUUCUGUGUUUCUUCACACAUCUCUUGAUAGUGAAGUUUCAAUUGGUCAGCGAUGUAUGCUUGUAAACAUUUCAUCAACAGAUUUUGAGAAUUUAACAACUCCACUUCAGUUACCAAGUGGUAUGGUCUUAGAAAGAUUUUUUUUAAAGCUAAAUGACACCAGUUCAUCUACUACAGCACUGGUUAUGUUUGGACUUAAUGAUGAUUUACAGAAAUCCUUAGUUUUUGAAGGUACAACUAUUUUUAAUCAACCAUGGGGCUCAUUAUUUGAAAGAACUGGAAUUUUACCAUCAGAAUUAUGGUCACCAGACAUUGCUGAAAAUAAAAGGUGUAUGCUAAAUGCUCGCUUAUAUCCAGUCUAUAGUCCUAAAGACAAGCUAGAUAUUUCUUAUCUAUUAUGGCUGCAGGGUAAAUACACUAGUCACAAAAUGGCUGCUAGAUGGAGAUGUUGUUGGCGGCUUUCAUUAUUAGAAAUACUUGAUUUAGCUGACCCUGUUGAAGAAUUAACAUGGCGAAGUAAUCUUCAAUUUCAAAUUGGCAAAAAGAAAGUUAUAAGUGAUCUUCUUGCUAAAUCAAACACUUGUCUCUUACCAUUCUUUAGAAGUGCCGUACUAGAAGGCUAUUUUGAUAAACUUUUAGCUUGUUUAGAUAAAGUUGCUAUUCGUACAAAAGAUUCUGCUGUUCUAUCUCGUACAUUUGCUUGUAUUGCAGAUGUAUUAGGAGUGAAAGCUGGUGGUAAAGGGGGAUUACGGAGUGGUCCUGCUUCUAAUUACUAUUGGAAGCAUUCAUUUGAUUUAUUACAGAAAGAAUUAGUUACAGAAGCAGUUGAAUCAAUGGCUGUGCAAAGAAAACUUUGGUUUUCAAGACCAGACCUUCUUGUUCGAGCAGCAAGACAUUAUGAAGGUGCUUUUCAAUUGCAAGUGAGAAAAGCAGUUGCUACCGCCAAACAAUUUGUAAGGGUUGUGCAAAAAGAACCAAUUCCGAUGAAUGUAUGGGUAACAUCAAGAGCGCCAGGUCGACUUGAUAUUGCUGGUGGGUGGAGCGAUACACCUCCUAUUUGUUACGAACAAGGUGGUUUAGUUGUUUCACUUGGUAUAAUGAUUGAUGAAAAAAAACCCAUCGGAUGUCGAAUCAAAAGAGUUUCGGAACUUGAUAUUACUCUAAUUAUUGGAGAAGAAAAUCCAAUCAAAAUUGUGUGUAAAGAGUUUGAAGAUCUUAUGGAUUAUGCUCAACCAAAUGUUCCUGGAGCUUUAUUGAAGGCAGCAUUUUUUUGUUCUGAAAUUCUUUGCCUUCAAAGUACAGAAUCUUUGUCAAGUUUUCUCAGUCGUCAACAUGGUGGAGGGUUUGUAUUGCAAACAUGGUCAGAUCUCCCACAUGGUUCAGGUUUAGGAGCUAGCAGUAUAUUAGCUGGGGUAGUGAUUGCAGCUAUGUGGACAGUUACAGGGCUUUCCUAUGAUGUUGAAUCAGUAUUGCAUGCAGUCCUUUACUUAGAACAAAUGCUUACCACUGGAGGAGGCUGGCAAGACCAAGUAGGUGGAUUAUAUCCUUCUGUUAAAGUUGGAAGCUCAAAAUGUGAACUUCCUCUACAGGUAAAAGUUGAGGAAGUUAACACUCCAGCUGGUUUUUUAAAGAAACUAGAGAAACAUUUGCUUGUCGUCUUCACUGGGAAAACAAGAUUAGCAAGAAAUUUGUUGCAAGAUGUGUUACGAAAUUGGAAUGCAAGAAAUCCAGAAAUAGUUUACACAGCUUCUGAACUAGUAAAAAAUGCUGAAAGAUCAAUAGAAGCAUUUCAAAAUGGAGACUUGGCUGGGAUCGGGGCCUGUUUGAACGAAUACUGGAAGCAAAAGAAAUUAAUGGCUCAUGGUUGUGAACCAAACGUUGUACGAACUAUAAUGGAUGUGCUUCAACCAUACGUCUACGGCCAAUCAUUAGCAGGUGCUGGUGGAGGAGGUUUCUUGUAUUUAAUAACGAAAGAAGAAAAUAUGUUAGAUAAAGUUAGGGAAGAACUGAACAAAAUAGAGUUGAUUCAAGGUAGAGCAACGGCACAUGCUGUUCAGAUCGAUAUGGAAGGUUUGGUGGUUGAUGUUGACAGAUUAGACUAACUACGGUUAACAGACUAGACACAGUCAUGGUCACUUCACAUUUUUAAAUUUUAUAAUAUUUGUAAAAAUAGAUUUUGUUCAAUUGAUAACAAGAAAUAUUUGAAAUAA